AUGUUUAUCAAUGCACCCACCAUUUCUCAAACGGCUGCCCUGAAAUGCUGGGAAUCCGAGACGAUUGCAGAAUUGGAACAACACGUGCAAAAGUAUCAAAAGAGUCGGACCAUUAUCCUGGAUUACUUGCAACAAAUUCCAGAGUUUUCGCAAGAGGGAAAGAAGAAUGUAGCACCGCCAGAUGGUGGAUUCUAUGUCUAUGUGGAUCUAGGCGACGAGAAUGUGGCUCCUGGCCAUGGAAGUGUGGCCAUGUGUCAAGCUCUGUUGGAAGAAUGUCACGUGGCAUUCACACCGGGGACCGACUUUGAAAGUUUGCCACAAAUUGGGGAUCGACGAUUUCGAAUCAGUUAUGCAGGAGGAGUUGAAACGGCAACGGAAGGGCUAAAGCAAUUUGUUGAAUUCUGGCCAAAAUGGUUGGAACGAGUAAAGAAGGCGCAGUAA